AUGCCAAAGUUGUCUUACCCCGACGAGGAAUCCUUGUCGCUCUUCAUCUCGUUGACAUGCAUUUCGGUCAUGGCCUUACUCUUUGGUCGCAAGACUGCUGGAACAAAGUGGGGUACGAUCAACUAUGCCCGUGGUCUGGUGAUUGCCCUGUACCUGGUAUCAUGGAGCUUCUCCUUCAUGGCCACCCUUUUGGUUCAGACCAAUAACAAGAAUCCGCUAUCCUGCAAUUUGUCGAUCUUUGCCUGCAUCACCCUCUACGCUUCAUCCAAAAUCAUUAUCUACCUCUUCUUGAUGGAGAAGGUUUAUGUCGUUACUGCCGUUGGGUCAACGCGUCGCGACUUUCUCCUAUACAGAGUCAACAUGGUUCUCCUGCUGCCAUAUAUUGCUGUCAUUACUCUCAUGAUCAUAUUCCGACACGCGCGCAUCAACCAACUGGGCCAAGCGGACUUCGUCCCAGAGCAGCGGUUAGGGCACUGUGAUAUUGGUCUCGGAGAAGCGUCCACCUACCCCUUGAUCAUUUACGAUAUCUUUGUCUCUUGCUGGUUGACUUUCCUCUUCAUCCGGCCAUUGAUGAGCUCAACCUCAAUGCUCCAGGGACCCUCCAAAGGAAAACUUCGUGAUGUGGCCCGCAGAACCUUGAUGGGAUGUGUUAUGUCCUUGAUCAUCAGUACCGGCAACGUGGCAUCCUUGAUCACCGCCCAAGGAUGGGAGCGCGGUUUGAUCUGCCUCUCCUGCUGCACCGCUGAUGUCACCCUGAACGCCAUCACGAUCCAUUGGGUCACCUCCCGUGGCGGUGGACGUGUCUCUGGAACCGGACGGUCAACCAGGGACAGGAAUGGAACUGGAAACCGUGGUACCAAUGGCAUCAACAGCGGCUACUAUCUGACCGCCGCCGAGAAGCAGGUUGCCCCUCUUGAUUCUCAUUUGUCGAUCACGGUCGAGUCUUAUGUGGAAGAGUAUCACCAGAUGAGCCUUGCUCGCAGCGCCGACAACAGCCCUUCAUUGUCUGCCUUUGGCGCUGGCGAUACCGCCUCCCGCUACAUCACCGAUCCUCUGCCUCCUACACGGUAUGGAGAAGGAGUCCGCUCAUCAAGGUAUAUUGAACCAGUGACCCCAACUCGGUUCGAAGUGCGGUCUUCCCGAUACGGCGACCCCGGUUCCUCUCGCUAUGUUCCAACCUCUGACGAGAUUUCAACCCUGUAG